CACCGGAAGCGGAAGUCGCGGCAGCCGUGCCUCGCGCCGCUGCUGAUGCGCUUAAACUUGUUGUAUAAUCACAACAACAACAGCAGCGUCUCACGAUGCUCGAAUGUAAAAAUAACUGUUAUAUUGAGAAGAUAAAUGAGCUUUUAAACGACAUCUACCUUGAAAAGAUAUAACACAAAUGGCAGUGGACUGAAGUGAGACCGUUUCACAUAGAUCACUGAAGCACAAUAUUCCUCCCAAGAGACUGUAAAAGCAGGAAGGAUUGGAUAUUUAUGCUUAUGCAUAGUCCCAUUCAGGGUUUUCUUAACCUUGAUGUGUCCCGCUGAGAUGUCUAUAGUUGUUAUUCAGUGGAUAUUCAUCCUUUUGUUUCAUGCAUAAAUUAUAAUUUUCCUUACAUGCCCAUGAAGGCUGUGUUUCAGCAUAGGCUUCUGAAAUUGAAGCAUAUCAGAGGAGUCCAGCAGUCUGUGUUUAGGUAGUUUUGUCUCCUUUGAAUCGUCCGGUCUCCACAUUGUGGUCAAGAUGGAGUCCUACCUCUUCCCUUUCGAUAGCCUGAUCUGUAUGCUCCUGGGCAUCUCCUUCACGGUGUGGUUCACCCUUCUUCUGGUGUUCAUCAUCGUACCUGCAAUCUUCGGUGUGUCUUUUGGGAUCCGCAGACUGUAUAUGAAGUCCCUCAUCAAGCUUUUUGAGGUGAGUGAGUUGAUGUUGAGUAUAUCUGUCAUUUUACAGUAAUUAAAUUACUCAAGAAUAUCUGAAGCUGUGGAAAGUUAAAGCAGGUUUGAUGCUCUGUCUGUGGUGCAGUGGUCUUGUAAUAUAAGUUGGAAGGUCAUUCAGGUAGUCUUUCAGGUGUGUUUUUACUACUUUUGCAGUCAGCACUCUUUCUGUUCACUAUGGCUCAAAAUAGAACACAGAUUCACGAUUGACCGAAUUAGUCUGGAGGGUCUUGCUGUCAUUUGACUUUGCCUCAUUUUAUCCUGUGCUGUCACACAUUCUGUCAUAUUCAAAACUUUAUGGACCACAUGCAUUGUUGCAGGACUCUGUUAGUUUGGGUCUUUUCAAAGUUGUUUGUAGAGGUGUCAAUUUAUGGGUGAGAUUGUGAAUACCACGAAUGCCAGUUUUAGAAAUGUGUUUCCUCCAGUGGGUGUUAGUCUGUUUCACUAAGCACAAGAUUAAAAAUCUUUUUGCUUCAUGAAAUCAACAUGCUGCCCUGUGUUUGAAUUUGCAAAGAUGGAAGUCUAAAAAAGUCACAAAAUGUUAAUUUUCCACUGUGUACCUAUCUGUGAAGGACCAGAACUAGAAUAUAUCACUAGGUGCCAUUGACACUGAAUGCACUUUUGUGUUGACAAAGAUGCGUCGUGGGCAGUAGAAUAGGAAAAAAAUGCAGUAGUACUUUUAUCUUGAACACUGCGUUUUUAGAAUGCCUUUUUUAUGCAUGAGAUGCUGCAAGAGAAGUGAGUGCAACAGUCAAACACGUCCAUGUUUACAUUGAAAAAACUAUGGUGUUGUAUUUUCAAUCAUUUUGAAUUACCUUGACUUUUUAAAAUAAUUUUCCUUGUAUUAUUCUGACCCGUAUAAGACAAGUUUGUACAAGACGUGGUUGUAGUUCGUGCAUCUUUUUUGCAAAGGUAUUUAACAAGUGAUUUGUUAGGGUUAGGGUUAGGGUUAGCAUUUACAUCAUGCUGUCAACUUCAUGUGUGGUGCACUUGAAAGAGAAAUGUAUUUACUUGAAUCAUGUUGUAGUUACGUUUUCAAGUUGACUAGUUAAAAAUCGAAAAUCAGGUCAAAUGUUCUAAAAAUAAAAUCAAGAUUUAAAUUUUUUGGCCAUAUCGCCCAGCCCUAACUGGAAUAUUAGAGUAAUGUAUAUAUUUAAAAUGUAUUUUAUUUAUUUUUUACUUUGCUGAAAUCCUAUUGCAUGUUUCCACACAGAAAUGGAGAAACAGUGGCCUGUUCUUGAUGCUUGAGGAUUCUCAUUUUGGAACUGACAACAAAGUAUCAAAGAUUUCACUUACUUUUCGAUAGCGUGACCCAAAUCACUAGGUCUAUUGCAUGCUUUAAUGCUUAAAAGGUUUGCCACCAAUGCUCUGUAAUUGAGAUGCCUCAAGAAUAUAUUUUUUAAAUCACAAUGUUUUUCUAAAUUAAAAUAAAAUCUAUAACCGCCUAAAUGUUUUUAAUUUUUGUAAUAAUGUUUUUGCAUAAUGCAUGCCAGUAAGAGCUCUGUGUGUGACCUAAAAUAGAUUCUGAUGGUCUCCUAUGGUGCCACUCUCCUCUCAUCCAUCUGGACUGAUGUAGUCACUCGGUCCGACCCUCUCCGGACUCCCUAAGAAACUCCAGAUGGCUUUUUUCCAGUGACUUAACUUCUCCGUACUCUUCUGUCUGGUGACCCUGAACAGGGUAGUGAGAUUUAGUCUGACAAGCAGCUUGACUGUUCACUCUUUCCCUAUCCUGACCUUCGCUUCCGCAUCUCCCUGAGUCACAGCAUCAUCAGCGCCUGCGAGAGUCACUGUUUACUUUCACACAGUGCAUGGACAUCUUUCCACACUCGGUGCUCAGCUGCUGUCCUUGCUUGGCUAAUCCACAUUAAUGAUCCCUAAGGGAAAAUUCAGAUGCAGUAACAGCAACAUCAGAUGUUGUGUGUACACGUGUACAUACAUGUGCAUGUAUAGAUAAACAAGGCUAAACAUAGAAAACAUUUACAGGGUUUCUGUGGGUCUUUAACAAGUCUUAAAAAAAUGCACUUUUUUGGAGCAAUUGACUCAAAAGAAUAAAAUGUUCAAAACACAUUCAUUAAAAAAUGCAUAAAAUCUGGAAAUUAUUAGGAUUUUUGUUUCACAAGUUUAUCUGGCAUUUAAUACAACAUUAACCUUUUGUUGCUUUGUUGUGGGCCGUUAACGAAGCAUUAUAUUUAACACAUUAAUUACAAAGACUAAUUUGUACUUUUUCUUUAAACACAUUAUUUUCCUAUCAGCAAAAUACAGUAUCGAUCAACAUAUAAAUUGUAUGUAUUGAAGUAUUAGCGGUAAUAAAAUCUGGUAUUCAUGGUUUAUUUUGGGGCUGUAUAAAUUUGUUCAUGGGCAACUCUAUCAUUUUAAUCUUAAGAAAGGUUGUACAUCUUAAUUUAGUUUUUGAAACCUAUGCAGAAACACUGUUUUCAGUUUAGUAUGAUGCAGCAUGUUUAAGACAGACAGGUUCUUUUAGCAUAUUCGUUUCAAUCUAAACUGAUUUGUUCCAGCUCCUAGAAACUGCAUUUUAAGUAAAUAUUUGGUUAAAUGUUGUCUAUUGCUUGUUUAAAAUGGGUUUUAAAGGUUUCAUUGUUAGUAAUUGACAGAUGUUUUGUGAAUCAUUGAAAAGAACUGGUUCAAAUUAGGUCUGUGAAACUGUCAGUGGCUGAGCUCCAGGAUCCAGUGAAGACGCAUGGGUCAGCCGUUGUGUUCUCCUCCCUAGUGGUGUUUUGGGCGGCUGCCUGUGAAUCUGUGGGAUUGACUCACCAAAGGCUGUUUACGGCUUGAAUGUUGUUUGUUUCCCCGUCCUCAUGACAGCUGUAUGAGCUCUCGUGGGGUCUGGAGUCCAGCCUGCCUUGGGGGAUAUAUAACAUUGUGUUUACAAGAGGAUGAGUAAGUGAUUCAAUUAAGAUGUCAUGACUCAUGUAAUGUAAUUCCAUAAGGAACCGAGCAUCCAUCACCAGAACAUGAUGAAACGAUUCAUGGGCGACCUUAAGAAUGGAGCGAGGAGCCAAAGAGAAGAAUCAGCAUCUCUACAAACCCUACAGCAAUGGGAUCAUUGCUAAAGAGCCAGUGUCCCUCGAACAGGAGAUCCAGGAAAUGAGGCGUAGUGGUGCGGAGCCUGAGUUUGACAUGUCUGACAUCUUCUAUUUCUGCCGGCGAGGUGUGGAGAGCAUCGUCGAUGACGAGGUGACCAAACGCUUCACAGCAGAGGAGCUGGAGUCCUGGAACCUGCUGACCCGAAGCAACUACAACUUCCACCACAUCAGCACCAGGCUCACGGCGCUCUGGGGAGUGGGAGUGCUCAUCCGAUAUGGAAUUCUGCUCCCACUCAGGGUCACGCUUGCUUUCACCGGUGUCGGUCUUCUCGUGGUUCUGACAUCAGUUGUUGGACUGUUUCCAAACGGAAGAAUAAAGAAUUAUCUCAGUGACAAGGUUCAUCUGAUGUGUUACCGGAUCUGUGUAAGAGCCCUCACGGCCAUCAUCACCUACCAUGACAGUGAGAAUAAACCCAAAAACGGAGGAAUCUGCGUGGCCAAUCACACCUCACCUAUCGAUGUCAUCAUUCUGGCUAGUGAUGGGUGCUAUGCUAUGGUGGGUCAGGUCCAUGGUGGUCUGAUGGGGAUCAUUCAGAGGGCGAUGGUCAAGGCUUGUCCUCACAUCUGGUUUGAGAGGUCUGAAGUGAAGGACCGACACCUAGUGGCCAAACGAUUGAGUGACCAUGUUGCAGACGAAAGCAAACUGCCUAUCCUCAUAUUCCCAGAGGGAACUUGUAUAAACAACACUUCAGUCAUGAUGUUCAAGAAGGGAAGCUUUGAGAUCGGCUGCAAAGUGUACCCUGUGGCAAUAAAAUAUGACCCUCGUUUUGGGGAUGCGUUCUGGAACAGUAGCAAGUUUGGGAUGGUGAACUACCUGCUGCACAUGAUGAGCAGCUGGGCCAUUGUGUGUAGCGUCUGGUACCUUCCACCUAUGAGCCGUAUGGAAGGGGAAGACGCUGUACAGUUUGCUAAUAGGGUCAAAGCAGCCAUCGCUAGAAAGGGAGGACUGGCAGACUUAUUGUGGGAUGGUGGUUUAAAACGAGGGAAAGUCAAAGAAGUUUUCAAGGAGGAGCAGCAGAAACUUUACAGCAAGGUUUUAGUGGGCAGCAGUGAAGACCGCAGUCGCUCGUGAAGGGACGCAGCUGUCUGCUUGACUUCACACGUGCUGCUCUGUGCUCACGGCGAGAGCCUGGAACCUCAGCGGAUGCCGUGCGGCCCUACACUGGCCCCUUCCUGAACCUGCUCGAGCUGAACUGAUGAAGUCAUUGGGAGUUGAUGGGGAAAUGGUGCAUCCGGACCCUCAGCUCACUGCUGCGCCUCAGGAGCUUUUGCAUCAUUGCACGAUUGUCUCUGGCAUUCAAUUCUUGGUCUAUGAUUUCAAUUUGGAGUGAGAGUUACAUAUGGCAUAUUUACACAGUCUGUUACAGUCUUGAAUAUUUGUUCUCUGAUACUAUAAUGCAUGAUGUCCAAGCAGAAGAAAGAGUGGAAGAGUUUGAAGUAAUUUAUUUAAGCUUGGGAAAAAAAAACAGGAAAAAGUGAAAGGAUGGUGUGCGUAGAACUUUAGUGUUGGUAGAGCCAUGAAGAAUAACGUCCGUUAUAUGUUUAGCUGCUCAACAUUCAUCUCCUCAUGGCUGCCUCUAUAAUGUGCUCUUCGUUCUGUUUUAUUUAUUUAUUUAUUUUGUAAAAUGUUUUUUAAACAAUGUGACAUCUACUUUUUAAUUUGUACUUUUAGACAUUUUUCAAACAUUAUCGAAAUGUUAAUACCUAACCAUUUAGGAAAGAGUGCUGGCACUUUUUUGUGCCAGUUGUAAGAUUAAAUAGCAGCUGUGAGGAAAAAAAAAGUCAAACUGUGAGUUAAGUUGCAAUUAUUUAAUAAUUUUCAUUAUUUUAUUAUUUAUUUUAUUUAUAUUCUGUGUUGGGGGAAAUACUUGUGAGUUGUAAAUUUAGUAAAAAAAAAAAAAAAAAAAAAAGUUAAAAUCACGAGCGUUGUUUUUUUUCUGUAAAGAAUGUUUUUUGGGGGGGUUGUGUAAUAUAAACUCGGAACUGCGAGAAUAAAAGCCAGAAUUUCAAGGUAAAA